AUGCGGGUUCUUUUUUGGAAUAUCAAUGGUGUUGCGCGUACAACAACACAUUCUAAACUUAGGGAGCUGAUUAGAGAUUUCCAUACUGAAGUUUUUGGUCUUGAUGAACCAAAAGUGGCGUGCUCAGCAAAUUUUUGGAGGAGGCUAAUUUAUGAAGGUUAUUCUUCGUUUAUUAUUAAUAAUUCUGCUAAUUCUGGUAUUGCAAAUAUUUGGGUUUGUUAUAAGGAUGGGCUUCAUGUUUCUGUAUUUAAUUCUAGUAAACAAGUUAUUACAAUUGCGGUUGAUGGUGUAUAUAUCUCUUUUGUCCAUGCUAGCUACAUUCAAACUACUAGGCGCAGGCUUUGGAAGCAACUAGUUAUGCAAGAUUCAAUUACACCUUGGCUGGUCAUAGGUGAUUUUAAUUGUAUUUCGCGUUUGAAUGAGAAGAAAGGUGGCUUGGAAAUAAGAUCGUCUGUCAUUGAUGAUUUCAGUGAUUGGAUGGAUGACAAUAAUCUUUUUGAAUCGGAUUCCUUGGGAAGCAAAUUCACUUGGUGUAAUAGGCAAUCUGGUACUAGUCGUAUUAUUAGUAAGUUGGAUCGUGCAAUUAUUAAUGCGGCUUGGCUUGCUAAAUUUGAGAAUUGGCGGUGUAAAGAUCUUCCUAGGGAAGUUCCCGACCAUUCUACUCUUCUUGGUUAUCCUUUUGCUGUUCCCAGGCCUUGUAGAGCUCCUUUUCGUGUUCAAAAGAUGUGGUUUUUACAUGGGGAUUUUCUUCGGAUGCGGCUGAAGAUUGCAAUGAAGGAUUGGAAUCUGAGGAUUUUUGGUAAUGUGAAUUCUCGUUUGAAGCAAGACCAACUUCGUUUUGAGACAGCGGCUCUUAUUACAGUUGAGGAUCCUAGUAAUAUUGCUAAUCUAAAUGCAAUGAAGGAUUCUAUGAAAACUUUAUGUGAUACUCGUAUGCAACAGUUAACUAUGCUCAAGCAAAAAUCUAGGAACAAAUGGUUGGUGGAGGGUUCAAGUAAUUCAAGUUUCUUUCAUAGUAGUAUUAGAAUUAGAAAAAGUUCUAAUACUAUUUCGGAACUUGUUGAUUUGAAUGGGACUUGUUUGACAAAUUAUGAGCAGCUUCGUAAUCAUGUAGUUCAGUUCUAUGAAGAUAAGUUCAAUGGCCAAGAUCCGGUGAUAGAAGGUGAUUUAUUUGAUUUUGAGCAUGCUUCAAUUUCUUUUGAGGAGAGCAACGCCAUGGAUAUGAUUCCUUCCCCGGAAGAAAUUAAGCAAGCUAUUUUUGAUCUGAGUGCGGAUAGUGCCCCAGGGCCGGAUGGUUUCUCUGGUUGUUUCUAUCGUCAUUGUUGGGAUAUUAUUCAUGAUGAUUUAACUAAGGCCAUUAUUCAUUGUUGGAAUGCGGGUAGUAUUCCAAAUGGUGUUAAUUCAUCUUUUAUCAUCUUGCUGGCUAAGGUAGCCUUCAUGAAAGGGAGAAAUAUUCAUGAGAAUAUUAGCUUGGCGUCGGAGAUGGUUAAUGAGUUGCAUUAUAAACGCAAGGAUGGCAACAUUGGCCUUAAACUUGAUAUUUCUCAAGCUUUUGACACGUUAAAUUGGGCUUUUGUGCUUGAAGUUUUCCGUAAGUAUGGUUUUUCUGAAAAUUGGUGUGCUUGGAUUUUUAAUAUCUUGCAGUCUGCUAGAAUUUCUGUCAUUUUGAAUGGUAGUCCGGAAGGUUACUUUAAAAUUAACAGAGGUUUGCGUCAAGGUGAUCCCCUCUCCCCUUUGAUUUUUGUCUUGAUUGAGGAUGUUCUUAGUAUAAAUAUUACGAAGCUUUUUCGUGAUAAAAAGAUGACGCCCAUGGUAACUAGAGGUGCUAUUUCUCCUACUCACCUUUUCUUUGCUGAUGACAUAAUGAUUUUUUGUAAAGGUAAUUCCAAAAGUCUUCAUAAUUUUGUAGACUUGUUGGGAAGUUAUCAGCGUGCUUCAGGUCAGACUGUUUGUCAUCAAAAGAGUAAGAUUUAUUAUGGUGGUGGUUCUUCGAGUUGGUGUAAUUAUAUUGCAUCUUAUUUGGGGAUGAGUGUAGCUACUUUUCCGGACCGCUAUAUGGGAGUUCAAAUUAUGCCAGGUAUUGUUCGAUAUCGCCAUAUUAGCAAUGUUGUUGAAAAGAUUAAAAAUCAGCUUGCUGGUUGGAGAGGGAGGUUAUUAUCUUUUCAUGAUCGCAUUGUUCUUGUUAAAUCAGUUAUUGCUAGUUAUUACAUUCAUAAUAUGGCUAUUUAUAAGUGGCCUCGUAAGUUUAUUCUUCAAUGUGAGAGGGCUAUCCGUAACUUUAUUUGGUCUGGUGAUUCGAACAUUAAUCGUGUAGUGGUAGUGGCUUUUGAUAAAAUCGGUUGCCCUUUUGAGGAGGGGGGUCUCAGACUAACUCGUAUGGCCACUAUGAACAAAGCUCUUAUUAUGAAACUUUGGUGGAAGAUUCGUAAUUCUACAAAGAAGUGGGCUCUUUUCCUGAAGGCAAAAUUAUUUGAUCGUAAGGGUUGUAUUAAGCAUUCGGGGGUUAAAUCUUCUAUUUUGCCUGGUUUAAGGAGUGUGUAUAAUUGUGUGGAAAAGAAUACUAAGGUCUUAAUUGAUGAUGGUAGAGAUACUUCUCUUUAUUAUGACAUUUGGUUUGAUAAGACUAGUAUUGCUGAAGUGCUAAAUGAUUAUUCUCUCGAUGCAACAACUAGAGUAAGUGAUAUUAUAAAGGAUGGCCUUUGGGAUAUUCCUGAAAUUCACUUGCAAUACUUGAUUGCUGCUGGUCUAGAGUUGAAUAGGAUGCCAAUUCCUAUGGGUGGAGCUUAUGUUAGGGUAUGGAUACCGGAGUUGAAGGGUGAGUUCAGUGUUAAGUCUGCAACUGAGUUGCUUCGGCAUAAGUAUUCCCGGUUAGAAGGUACGCAGAUUCUGUGGAGAAAAGAAGUUCAUCCUGUUCUUGCUGCUCAGAACUGGAAAUUCUUACGUGGAGCUUGUGCUACGUAUGACCUUAUCAGGCGCAGGUUCAAGAUCUCUCUUGCUAACAAAUGA